AUAGCAAAUUAAGUUUGCAAUAUCUAUUCCUUCUUCUCUUUCAUAAUCUUUGUCUGCUAAAAAAUUGCUUACUUUCAAUGGAAAACAGUGGUAAUAGUAAGAUUCUGAUAAUCGGAGCAACAGGGUAUAUGGGAAAGUUCAUUGUGGAAGCAAGUGCUAAGGCUGGUCACCCCACCUUCGCCCUCGUUCGAGAGUCAACUCUUUCUGAUCCAUCAAAAUCACCCAUUAUUCAAACAUUCAAAACCUUAGGUGUCAACCUGCUUUUGGGAGAUAUUCAUGAUUACCAGAGUUUGGUUGAGGCGAUAAAGAAGGUGGAUGUGGUAAUAUCUUCUGUGAGUCACACGCAGUUAGAAGAUCAAAACAACAUCAUUUCUGCUAUUAAGGAAGCCGGAAAUAUUAAGAGGUUCUUUCCUUCGGAGUUUGGAAAUGAUGUGGAUCGAACUAAUGCUAUAAGUGAAGGACACGAGGUAUAUGACAGAAAAGUUAAAAUUCGUCGAACCGUUGAGGCUGAAGGAAUUCCUCAUACCUAUGUGGUGGCUAACUUUCUCACUGAACACUUCCUACCCACUCUGUCAGAACUUCGUUGGAUAAAAACACCACUCGAUAAGGUUGUUAUAUUUGGGGAUGGAAACACCAAAGCUGUUCUUAAUACGGAAGAAGAUGUUGCGACAUACACCAUUAGAAGUGUUGAUGAUCCAAGAGCCUUGAACAAAGUUCUGUUUGUCCGACCACCGGGUAACACGUUGUCGUACAAUGAUCUGGUAUCUCUCUGGGAGAAGCAUCACAGUGAGACUCUUAAAAGAGUGUAUAUCUCGGAAGAGGAAAUUUUGAAGCUUAUUAAAGAAUCUUCAUACCCCAUCAACAUGGGUCUGUCAAUUUCCCACGCUGGGUAUGUGAAGGGAGAUCACAUUAACUAUGAAAUUAAGCCUUCAUUUGGAGUUGAAGCUUCAACGCUCUACCCUGACGUUAACUACACAACUUUAGACGAGUUCUUCCGUAAAAAUGAUGCUCGCACGCCAUUUUUCUUGAACCAAAUUGUAACCGUUAAAGAUGCAUAAAACAGAGUUAGGAUAUAUUUUCUUGUUGUCAAACGUUGUCAUCCAAAUAAAGAAACAUAGAGUUAAUAAAGAUGUUGUAGUUCUGUCUCAUGUCUUAUAAUAAAAUCAGUGUUUGUAAGUGUUUAUUAUUGCCUUUUUGUGCGGGGAAAUCAUCUAUUGACCCAUAAAAGUGUAUAUUCAUUCACCUUUCUGCACCAAUUUCAAUUAA